UCUAAUCGGGUAGGGUUUUCGAGGUUCUGCAACUUGCCCUUCAUAUCCUUCUUCAUCACCACCAAGCCAAGUCCGAUCUCCUGCUUAGCGUUCGUACUCCAAAGCGGACCUCUCGACGUUCUCAUUAUGCCUAAGCAAAUCCACGAGAUUAAGGAUUUCCUUCUGACUGCCAGAAGGAAAGAUGCAAGAUCAGUGAAAAUCAAGAGGAGCCGAGAUGUUGUCAAGUUCAAGGUCCGAUGCUCCAAGUACUUGUACACACUUUGCGUGUUUGACCCAGAGAAGGCUGAUAAGUUGAAGCAAUCACUUCCUCCAGGUUUGAGUGUUCAAGAUCUGUAAAAGAACUAUGGAAGAACAAGGUGUUUUUUCCCCACAUGUUUUACUCGUGUUGGUUUCUUAGUCAUUCUCUAGUGCCUUGUGUCAAGAGAUGGUUCCCUAGCAUGUUUGGGUAAUUAAUUGUUGUCUUUCCUUGUCAGGAAACAUGAUUUUUUUGGUCUCUUAUGUGGGAAAGGAAAGAAAUUUCGUUUUAUAAUCAAGUGGAUUGACUUAAA